AAAAGCGCGAGCGACGCUUGCAUUCGUCAGUCUCACCAGGGUCGCCAACGGGGUCGGACCGCAAUCUAGUCAUUGUAUUUUUAAAUAUUUUUUUUAAUCAUAUAAUCAAAAGGUCAUCAUGAAAGUGUUCAUCGUAUUGGCAGCCGUUGCCGCUCUUGCGAGCGCGCAAUUCAAAUGCCCAAACAAAGACGGCCAGUACGAAGAUGAGAGACAGUGCGACAAAUUCUAUCAGUGCGUCGACGGUGUCGCUACCACCAAGCUCUGCCCCGACGGCCUUGUGUUCGACCCGACCAUCAGGAAGAUCAACAAAUGUGACCAGCCCUUCAACGUAGACUGUGGUGACAGGACCGAACUUCAACCCGCCAAGCCUACUUCUCAAUGCCCCCGUCGUAACGGAUUCUUCGCUCACCCCGACCCCAGCGUGUGCAACAUUUUCUACAACUGCAUCGAAGGUGACGUCACAGAAGUCAAGUGUACCGCUGGUCUCCACUUCGACGAAUACUCAGGCACCUGCGUGUGGCCCGAAACCGCUGGAAGACAAGGAUGCAACGCCCAAGAAAAGAAGACCAAGGAUGGUUUCGAGUGCCCCAAGGACCAAUUAGUGGACCCCCAGGGCCAGCCCGUCGCUCACCCCAAGUUCCCCCACCCCAACGACUGCCAACGUUUCUACGUGUGCUUGAACGGCGUGGAGCCCCGUGACCUUGGCUGCCAAGUUGGAGAGGUCUACAACGAGGAGUCCCAGAGGUGUGACGCACCCGAGAACGUACGCGGAUGCGAGGACUGGUACAAAGAUGCCGAGGAUGCUGCGCCAGCCCCCAAAGCGAGAUCUUAAGCUAGUGAUAAAUAAUUUAGUUACACCUAAGACUUGAUAAGUUAAUAUAUAUUAAGAUAAAUAAAAUAAAA